GUCAUACUGAAGAAGAAGAAGAAGAAGCAUUACCGGCUGUGAGAAUUUUUAAUAAGCGAAUCGUAUCGAUUUUUGUAUUAAAAGCGGCUGAAAGGAGACCAUGCUGAAGCUGAAACUGGAGGCCCUGGGUCAUCCCACGCCCGGCGAUGUGGCGCUGAGCAGUCGCAAGGAAUUCGCCAGCACAAUCCUCUGGGUGGAGGACCAGAAAAUCCGGUUGUACACCAUUGAGGAUCGCGAAAAGCUGCGCAACAUCGACAAUCCCACGCUGUGGGAGGAGGGCUACAUGAAGUACUGUGCGGAUCUGAACAUGCCGCCUUUGGAGUCCCAACAGGAGCAGCUGGCCUGGAUCCUCAGUCACGCCGUCCGUCUGGAGUUCCUGGAUGAUCCCGGACAGUUUGCCUCGAUCAACAGCAAACAGGGUCCACCCCAAAGCAAUGGCAAGCAGGCCCACCAAAAGGUCCAAUCCAUUUUCGAUGGAAAGAUUAAUGUUCAGGAAAAAGCGUUUGUGGAUGCAGUGCGUCUGCUGGCCAGCAAACUGAACGUGCCGCACCACCCGAACCACCUGCUGCAGCUGGAGGCGGUUGCCCGGGUGGUGCACGAACGCCUCUCGCCCGCCGCCAAGGGUCGGAAGCCGAUUGUGGGCACACCCUUUCCCUUUGACAAGGGAAACGAUGUGGUCUCCUCCAACGAUCCUUCCCUGGAUCUGCCAAUGCGGAUCCUGCGCCUUCUCCAGAUCCAGAGCCUUCGCCAGCUGCAAACACACAUCAACGAGACAAUUGUGGCGGUGCAAAACAUCACGGCCAAUCCAAGGACUGACACCAAGUUGGGCAAGGUGGGACGCUAGGGAUUUGAAAGUACGGGAAGGCAAUCGACAAGAUUAUAGAGGCCUAUAUAUAUUCAUUUGUAAAUUUAAAGCUCCUCGUUAAAGUAAAAUGAUCAAAAAUUGCCUAGCAUAAAAAAUAUCUUAUAGCCAAGUAACAACGUAUUGUAAAAAUCAUGAGAUCAACAAGAGCCGAGCAAACAACUACGAUCUAAGAAUAUUGUAGAGAAGAAAUAUACGGCCUCUAUAACUUAUGGAUUACUUUCCCCGAUUUAUAGCCAGAAUGCAACAUAAAACUGAAAAUCCCUAGACGUCCUACAAUAUUUGUAAACAUGAACUAAAAGCCAAUAGGUAACAAUAUAUGCAGAUUCUAAAUAUUCCAAUAGCCUUUGUGGGAUUUAGAUGGUUUUAGAAAGGGACUUGAAAAAUUGUAUAGGCUUAUACCCAAAUGUUUAUAAAUUAAACGAUUACGAUGUAACAAUUAAA